GGGCGUUGGUUGGUGACUGUUCUUAAAAAUUGGUGAUCAAUUACCCUAAAAAAAUACAUGAAUAAUGAGUAAUUAGUUUGCAUCCACUCCAGCUGUGGCCGCCACCGAAAAUGGCUGGAAAAAUCUUGAUAAUAUUCGACUUUGAUCGGACUCUGAUCGAAGAGGAUAGCGAUAGAUGGGUCUUGACAAAUAUGGGCCUCACCAAUCUGUUCUAUCAGCUCCAAUCUACCUUACCCUGGAACUCUCUUAUGGAUUCGAUGCUGGAGGAGAUACAUUUACAAGGGAAAACGGUUAAUGAUAUUGAAGAGUGUUUGCAGCAGGUUCCGCUGCAUACACGGAUAGUUGAAGUAACUAAAACAGCUCAUGCUCUCGGAUGUGACCUGAAGGUGGUUAGUGACUCCAAUGCGUUUUAUAUCAGAACUAUUUUGGAACAUUAUGGAAUAUAUAAUUGUUUCUCGGAAAUCAUCACAAACCCAAUCGUCGUAGAAGAUAGGGGCAGGCUUAGGAUCUUUCCCUAUAAUGACAUGGAUUCUCCUCAUAGCUGCGAUCUCUGUCCUCCUAACUUGUGCAAGGGGGGUGUGAUAGAGCGUAUCCAAUCCUCAAUUUCUGAAAGCGAAAGGAAAAGAUUAAUUUAUGUCGGAGAUGGGAGAAACGAUUUCUGCCCAACUUUGAAGCUUGAUGCAGGAGAUUUUGUGAUGCCAAGAAUGAACUUCCCUUUGUUUGAUCGUAUUUUGAACAAUCGUGCUCUUGUCAAAGCAAAAGUUCAUGAGUGGAGCAAUUGGGAAGAACUCGCAACUAUCCUACACGAACUUAUUAAUUAUAUCUCCAAUGAAGAGGAAGUCGAAUGUCGUACAGCCAACCAACUGAAUUCGGUAGAGUAUAAUAAUGAGGCUCCAGGAUCCACUAAUGAACCACUCACUGUUGUCACUGAUUGACUAAUGGGAAGCUGUCCAGUGACUAUGCUAGAAACAUCAAAGUCAGACUGGCGGGUACAUUGGAACUUUGAUUUUUGAUGAAGGAUGGCUUUCUACUUUUAUUGACCUUAUUGGCAAGGCCUCUGAAGUCUCCAUAAAAUACUUUCAGACCAAAUACAGAUUUCUGUGGCAGAGGAAACUCUAGUGAGAGCUGGGCUUCUUCGUGACCAUCCAGUUUUCAUUAUUCAAUUACUGUGUGCUAAUGGUUUCGUAAUCGCAUUGUGGGAUUUGCAAGUUAUUAUUCGCGAGAUUCAAAUGCUAAAUAAACGAGUUUUCGUUGCACAUUAUACACUUCGUUUCCUUAUGUUUGUGGGCAAAAUUUGGUAUCAGAUCCUUUUGAUUAUUUUGUAACGAAGGUAGUACCUAACCUAGAAUGUUAGCUAUUCCCAGGGAAUAGAGUAUGGGCCAGUACCCAUCAAUCUGACGAGUGAACCGCUCUCCCAGAUAAUACUCCCAGCUCUCAGGGCCGAAAAGAAUCAGUCUGAAUGAAGUUUAUCUUCCACA